AUGACUCAUCCGUCUGGUCUCUCCUCUGCAAUGAAUCAGCUCCCUGAUCAAGCAAUUGCUUUAGCUGCUGCUUCCCACAUCGAGAAAGAAUUACAAAUAACUCCCUGGAAUUUAAGCAGCAACUUUGUUGCUUAUGAUGCUAUAAAAGAUACAACAGUUAAAAGCGACACCAUUAAACGAUUCAACAAACUCCCUUUACGCAAUAAAGAUGUUCUUGAUGGAUCUUGGAUGGAUCGAAUAGUGUGGGACCCGAAUCAAUCUGUUACAAAGCCGAAAUUACUUCUUGAUCUUCAAGAUGAACAGAUGCUUUUUGAAAUAUUGGAUAACAAAGAUGGAGAUGAUCUUCAGCUUCAUGCUGGAGCCAUGAUCGCAACUCGUAAAGAUAUAGCCUAUUUUCAUAGGCCAAAAGCUUUAUGGUAUCCUGAUGAAAAUGUGGUGGCACUUAAAGAACAAGGAAAGCUGCUUACAAAAUGGUCAAUGAAAAUUGUAUUGAAAAGCUUGGGAGGGAAAGGGAGCAAGCUUCAUGUAGAUGCUGAGGAGACUGUUUUAUCUCUCAAAGGAAAAGCUACCAAGAAGCUUGGCUGGUCUUCUUUUUUGGGCUAA